AGGCAGGAAGUGAUGUGAUGUGAUGCAGGAAAAUGCCCACAAUGUAGCUUCACUCAAUGACUAAAAGGGGAAGCACAAAGAAAUUGGCUGCUUCAGUCAGAGAUGGUCUUUUAACUCACCCCAAAGAGCGAACACAAUUCAAAACGGAUUCAAAAGCACAUUCUGGUUGCUAGAUUUUUACUUUAUUUAUAAGAAAUCGACAUUGAUGUAGAAGUUUUUGUCAGCUAACUAGUUAGCUAGCAAUGUUAGUUUAACGCGACGAGUUUGCCUCAGUUCGUUUCUGGUCGCUUACGCUACAUUGGCCAACUUACUAACUACUUAAUUUGUCCUGCCAUUCCCGAAGUGAUGUACUUCCAGUUCGACGUAAUAGAAUUUUACAAAAAGCAUUGCAGAUGUCAAGGUCACAGUGAUGGAGCAGAAUAGAAAGACACUUUGAUUCGUAGCCAAUGCCGUCAGAGGGAUUGUCUGGUUUUUAAGUCUUGCAGUGCAAGACCUGGAUCGUGGCAGAUUUGGCACAGGCUUGAGGGUAUGUUGAGACGUCUCGCCAAGCCAGAGCAGAGGCGUCUAGGUGGUUCGGACGGGGACUGAAGGUGAGGUGGAACGACAGACGAGGGACCAGGGAGGAAGACAUGGGCCAGUGUGUCACCAAGUGUAAGAAUCCGACGUCUUCACUCGGCAGUAAGAGUGGAGACAAGGAGAGUGGCUCCAAGUCCCACCACAAGAAAGGAUGCAGUGCUGGUGGUGGGGGCCACAAAGAAGAGCCCAGUGCCCCGUGUAGCAAAACCACCAGUGAGCUGUCGAAUGGCACCAAGGCCUUGGAGGUCACUGUGGAGACACCAGUCAUUCCUGCAGUGUUGGGGGACACGCGCAAGGACGAGUGUCUGGAUGGGGACGGGCUGUCAAUUAUGCGCAUUGAGGAGCUGUUCUGCUGCUACAAGGAUGAACAUGAAGAUGCCAUUUUGGAGGAAGGCAUGGAGAGGUUUUGUAAUGACCUGUGUGUGGACCCAGCAGAGUUUCGUGUACUUGUUCUUGCCUGGAAGUUUCAAGCAGCUACCAUGUGCAAAUUUACAAGGAAGGAGUUUGUUGAGGGCUGCAAGGCGAUCCAGGCAGACAGCCUCGAGGGUAUCUGCUCACGCUUCUCCUGCAUGCUGGUGGACGCCAAGGGCGAGGAGAACUUCAAGGACCUGUACCGCUUCACCUUCCAGUUUGGCCUGGACGCUGAGGAUGGCCAACGCUCGCUGCAGCGCGAAAUUGCCAUCGCCCUGUGGCGCCUGGUUUUCACCCAGGACACGCCUGUGAUCCUGGAACGCUGGCUGGACUUCCUGGCGGAGAACCCCUCAAGCAUUCGGGGCAUCUCAAGGGACACAUGGAACAUGUUCCUCAACUUCACCCAGGCUGUUGGGUCUGACCUGAGCAACUACAGCGAGGACGAGGCCUGGCCCAGCCUCUUCGACACUUUUGUGGAGUGGGAGUUGGAGCGCAGGAAAAAAGAGGAGGAACAGGCACUGAUGGCAAAGGAGGAAGAGGGGAGGUGUACUGAGACAGAGUGUUCUCCCACCACAGAUAGACUUGAAACAGAGGGAAGCCGCGGCUCACAGACGUGGGGGGGCCACUGACUGGGAAGAGAGGAUAUGACCUACACAUGAACUGUACAUCUGUGAAUCAGUGGAUGAAUAUUAGUAUUACCAUUACAACUGUUCAUUUCGCUCUCCUUUUCUGUUGGGGUGGGAUUCCUGCUUUGCAACCUUUUCAAUGUCUUUGGUUUUCGAAAGGGCUCUAAGAACUGUUUUAAGCACUUUUAUUUAAGUUAUUGUUUUACUUUCUCCUCCCAUGAGUGUUUUUAGUAAUUGGACAUGUGGUCCAUUUUAACCCACACCUAACUACCAUAACCCAGCAGAGUUAGCUCAGCAAAGUCAUGGUUUAAAAAAUGGGCGAGAGAAAGCUAUAACCUUUUCCCACAAUGAUCAUAUAGACCGUUCAUUUUGUCCUAGCAACACUGCUGAUAAGUUUUGUACAAGGAAAUAGUAAAUAAUAAAGAAUAAGGGAAAUUUGGGCAAGCUGUCUACAAAUAAUUACUUACUACCAAAACAUGAGAUUUACCAUAAGGGUCAGGGUCUGUGAAAUCAUCUUUAUUAAACUAAUCUAGUUAGAUUGAAUGAUUUUUACCUUGCAGUGCUUUGAGGAUGAAUUUGUUGCACUUGUAUUGCCUUCACAAGUGUUGUCCUGCAAUUAAAUGCACACAGUAAUGAAUUACAAUUCUGUCACAAGGGCAUUUUAUUUUUAAAAUAAUAAUACAAAGUUGUGAUAUCAGUUUAAAAUCCAAGUUGAUUUCCAUCGUAACAGACCCGCCCUCUCUUCUGCUUUGAGUGGUUUUGAGUGCUACUAGUGCAGUGGGUGGCUUAGCUUGUUUUAGCAGCUGGCCGUGCUCGUUUUUGACCUCUAGCAUGUACCAUUUUGAAGUCCACCUAUUUUCAAGAAGCAGUUAAGUGUAUACAGCACAAUGAUGCUUGCUUUUCCUCAGAUGCCUCACUGAUCUCAUUUUAAAGAAGUCCCAAAUACGCCCAAGCUAGGUCUUGGCGAUUACUCGAAGAUGCCUAAACCUGUGUUACAUUCAGGGCCGUUACACUGGGCGCCACGCAAAGCUUAUAUUGUUUACCUUCAGGAGUUUAAGAGUCUUCAAAUCCUUGAACUGCUAUACGAAAAAGAAAAAUUAAAAAAUUGUGUGCACACUUCACAAAUAAUGUUGACUGCUGCUGGUGAUGGUUGUAAUGGAUUGCACAAAACAAUGGCAUGCUUAGUUGCUAUACUUGCAACGCUUUGCAGAGAGAUUGAUGUCAGUCACAUUAUUUCCAUUUUAAACCUUUUCCAAGCUGAUUGAUCUUAAGAAUAGCCUGGGGUGUUUUGGGAUAAGCUAAUGAGUGUUAACUAGACAUACUGGCUAAUCAAGUGUCUGUGAUAUGGGUCCAGAGUGGGGUAAGAGGGUGGCCAUAACCCGAUCUGUUUGGUUUACGUCUAAUUGUUUUGUCAAUCCCCUUUUGUUUUGUUUUUAUAUAAAAUGUAUUGAUUUAUAAUAAAUAAAAACAGUGUUGACCUUUUGACUGA